AUGGCCGUCAACGAGAUUGUUACAGACCCCUUGCUGCUCCCGGUUCUGGAAGCGAGUGCGGAGACUCUUACGCAAUGCCAGAAUCUCUUAGCCUGCCUUGACCCGACUGCUGUUACCUCCCCGCUGCCGCAAGAGACAGUUUUGACCAUCUCGAAACAACAGAAGCUCGUGUUUGCGUUGCUUUCGCAGCUUCGGGGGCUGAAUCGUGAGGCUAUCUUGAACGUCCGGGCGACCAAACAAGCCACCGCCGAGGCCCGGCAGGAAAUCGAUCGGCUUCACCUCCACCUCCAAAACUUGUACUAUGAGCAAAGACACCUUAGCGGAGAGAUUGCCGCCUGUGAAUCAUAUGACCACUCUUACAUGUCGCUUCCCCUAAUUCCCGUGGAAGAAUUCCUCGCUCUCCACCCAGAGCAUGCAAACUCUGACGCAAACGAGCUCAUGAUUGCACGAAUAAACCAUGAACAUGCCGAACGAGAGAAACUAGAACAAGCUAGGCAGGAGUUGUUGAAACGAAAGCAAGCCUUGAUAGCUGAGAACAAGAAGCGAAAAGACGACCUUGCCAGUUUGGAUUUAGAUUUGGAACGUUUCAUUGAUGCUGCGAAGCCGAUCCAGAAGCUUUUUGAGAAGGAAUACGCAGUGGGAAACCGCAAAGCUACCUUUCCCGGAAUGGAGGACUCGAAACCCGACUCGACGGCCAUACCUAUUCCAGGCAGCGACAUAAGUACCUCGCAUUAUUCCGAAGCUCCUUCAUCUCUUCUCGAAAGCCGCGCUCAAGAAUAG